AGAGCUUGCCACAGAGCUGUUCCUUGCAGCCCUGGUCCUCCACAGAGCAUCACUCCGCCUCAUCAGCCAAGGUCCAUAUCCCGCCUGCAUCCCGGCGCAGCCAUGCUGGGCACGGCAGCGCGGCUCUCGGUCCUGCUCAGCCUCCUCGGCUUUGGGAAAGGCCAGAUGUUUCACAUGGGACCGUGCCCAGAUCCGCCAGUCCAAGAAAACUUCGAUAUCAACAAGUAUUUGGGGAAAUGGUACGAGAUAGAGAAACUGCCCUCAACUUUUGAGAAAGGAAGCUGCAUCCAGGCAAAUUACUCGCUGAAGGAGAACGGGAAGUUCAAGGUGAUCAACAAGGAGAUGCUUUCCAAUGGCAAAGUCAACGAGGUCGAAGGAGAAGCCAUGCACAUGGAUGUGAAGGAGCCAGCCAAGCUGGGCGUCCGCUUUAACUGGUUCAUGCCUUCUGCCCCUUACUGGGUCAUCUCCACCGACUAUGAAAACUACUCACUGGUUUACUCCUGCACUAACAUCCUCUGGCUCUUCCACAUUGACUACGCCUGGAUUCUCUCAAGAGCUCCCGAGAUGCACCCAGAAACCGUGGAGCACCUGAAGAGCGUUCUUCAGUCCUACAAGAUUGACACUGAGAAAAUGAUGCCCACGGAUCAAGUUAACUGCCCUCCCGAGAUGUAACGCCCGGCAUGCAGUGACGUAGCGCCAGAUCAGCAAUAAAAUUUGUUGCUUUCUUUAUUAUCCAUUAGAAUUUCUCUAUGCAACAGAGAAAUGUAAUAAUCCUUUUGCUAACGGUAGUUUGCCAGCCCUGAGUUACUCCUUGCCAUCAUUCCCUCUAUCGCUCUCCCUCC